AUGGAUACCGUCAAUCAAAGCAUCAUCGUCCAUGUGGCUGAAUUCAUUAAAGAUCGCUUUUAUUUCGCCACCAUUCAGGAUAAGAAAAGACCUAGGAUAUCUGUUACCCACCAUUACUUCAACGUCGACGAUGAGUUGGUCUACGAGAGCUUUUACGCAGACUUUGGUCCGCUAAAUUUGGCAAUGUUGUAUCGCUAUUAUUGCAAAGUCAACAAAAAACUGAAGUCCAGAACACUAGCGAAGAAAAGAAUUGUACAUUAUACAUCUACAAAUGGAGAAAAACGAACGAAUGCAGCAUUUCUAAUUGGUUCAUACAUGAUUAUACAACAUGGGAAAUCUCCAGAAGAAGCUUACAGACCACUCAUCUUUGGUGGAAGUCCUCCAUUUCUUUCAUUCAGAGAUGCUUCUGUUGGGCCUUCAACAUAUCACCUAGGACUUUUAGAUUGUUUUCGAGCUAUAAAAAAGGCCUUAAUUAAUGGUUUUUUCAGUUUUGAAAAUUUUGAUGUUGCAGAUUACGAGCAUUAUGAGAGAGUAGAAUCUGGUGAUUUAAACUGGAUAGUGCCAAAUAAAUUCAUUGCUUUUUGUGGACCUCAUCCGAAGAGUAAAAUAGAAAAUGGUUAUCCAUUACAUUCUCCUGAAUCAUACAUUCCAUAUUUUCGAAAGCAUAAUGUCACAACUAUAGUGAGGCUCAAUAAAAAGAUUUAUGAUGCAAAGAGAUUUUUAGAAAAUGGCUUUGAUCAUAGGGAUUUAUUUUUUGUGGACGGUAGUACACCAAGUGAUGCCAUAAUGAGAGAAUUUUUAGAAAUUUCUGAAAAAGCUAAAGGUGCUGUUGCUGUACAUUGUAAAGCUGGUCUAGGACGCACAGGAACUCUCAUAGCUUGUUAUAUCAUGAAGCAUUAUAGAUUCACUGCAGCCGAGGCCAUAGGGUGGAUUCGAAUAUGUAGACCUGGAUCUAUUAUUGGUCAUCAACAGCUAUGGUUGGAAGAGAAGCAGUCAUAUCUCUGGCUUCAAGGAGACAUUCACCGGUUAAGAAGAAGUCACUACAGCAGCGCUAAAAAGAAAGCUGCUGAAAUGAAACUGAAAAAUGAUAAAUCUCCUAUGAGAUCUAGUCUGGCUAUUCCAAAAGAACGAUUGGGCAAUAGUAUUUCCAAGCAGCCUGUCGUCAAUUACCUGAGUGUCAGAAACAGUUUGGAAGCUUUAGAUAACGAUACUGAAAGUAGGAUGUCUCAGAGCAACUUGAAAAACAACAAAGAUCACUUGAAUGGUGACCUUGAAAAAGAAUUCCAUGCUACUCAAGGGGAUGAGCUUAAUCUUAUCAAGGCCAAUAGGAGACAUCCACGAUCAGUUACUACUGGAACUCUUCAUUUGGAUGAAUUGCGAACUCUUCGUAGAACAAUCUCUCAACCUUUAAGGCAGAUUCCUCCUGGGGGUGUAGUUCAAGCUUCCACUUAUUUAUCUCCUACCAAACCAAUCAGGGAAUGCUCAAGACUGUUGCCAACACCUAGUCCCCUCAAUUCUCCCUCGCAUAGCAGAAAACUUAGUCAAAAUAAAAAUGUCUCCAAUGCAGCUAGUAAAAGCAAUUUGAAGAAUUCAUCAUCACCCACAAAUAGGCCUCCAAUGCCUAGAUGAUUUUUGAAGCUGGUUUCUUGAAAGCUAUGAACAAUAAUGUGCAUUUCCUUUGUUUCCAAGUGGAUUGACUUUUUGAUGGAAGUGAAUUCUAAGGUGCUUAUCAAAGUUUAUGGGAGAACAAAUGUCAUUUACAGUGCACUGACCUUACUUUUUUCACAUCAAAUUUCUCCCAAAUAAGUAUUGAAUUAUUUUUUCUAAUAAACAAUUUUAGCAAUUGUUACCUCAAAGGAAUUUUUAGAUUUUUGUUAUUCUUUACAAAUAGUUAAGUCAAUAAUAUUUCUAAUUCUAAGUUCUUGAUUGCACUAAAGAUACAUAAAAACAUUAUUUUCUCUAUUUUUUCCCUCUUGUCAAAUGUUUAUUAUGUUUUAGACAGUAUGGAAAAAAAUUGGUAUCAGUGACAACAAGAAAAAUUUGGUGAUAAAUUGCUAAUUAUAGAUAUGUUUUGUGGCCAGAGAUGGUGAUGAGAAAAUUCUUGGCCACUCAGCAUGAUUUAAAAAGGCUACUAAAUGAAGGCUUUUAUGUGAUUUUAACUUUACCCUCAUUUUGAUCAAAAUCUUUUUUUGUCCAUUGCACCCGAAUUUAUUUUGCUAUAUCAUUUAAAGAUCUUUAAAGACAUUUAAAAUGAAAUUAAUAAAAAAAAUAAUUGACCCAUACUUAAAAGUAAUUUUUAUGAAUUAAAAGAAAAUAUUUCAUUGUAAUGAGACAAGAGAGAGACGAAAAUCAUUAAAACAUUCAUGCGAUCGCAUCAAUUUUGAAAUUUCAAGUCAAGAGCUUUUGAGAUAUGGAAUGCAAAAUACGUACAAGUUUAACAGGUGUAAAUCUUUUUGAAGCUCAUUGUUGAAUCGUUGUAAAUACUAUAAUUGAUCUACAACUGGAUUGUACAUCAGAUAAGGAAUUUAAUAUAGUUUAUUUUUUUGUAUAACAUAUUGCUUUAUGAUUUGUGUUAUCUUAAAUACUAUAAUAAUAAGAUCUUUCUGCUAUAUGGAUUGCUUUAAAAAACUUAAAUUCUUGCAUGAUUGGGAUGUUUUUGCUUAUGGAUGAAAUCUUAAAAAUUCCUAUUUUUACUGUAGUUGCCUUUUUUGUCUUGUCACGGGACAAUUAAAAGAUAUAAUAAUGAAGUGAACCAGUUGCCAUGCACAUAAGUUAGGAAAAUAAAAUAAAUCAAAUCGUGAGUAAGUUCAAAAAUUGUGACCUGAAAAAUAAUAACUUACUCAUGCAGAGCAUGAUUUUGGUAGAUAAAAUUCAGAAGUUAUAGAAUUUUUGUUAAUCUGCUACCUCUUUUUCCCAUUGGUUGACACUGAAACUUGAACUGGUAUCAUUUACCAAAGGACAGAAAGAUUUGUACUGAAUAAAUAUAAUAAUGGAACUCAUUGAUAAUGUAAAGACGAUGUUUUGCCUGGUGAAGGUACUGCGUUUAAAGUAAUCGACAAAGAAUGUAUCAAUUAUUUAUGUUACUGAAAUUAGUAGAUGACUUUAUCUUGAUGAUAUAAUUUGUAGAUUUAUGAUUGUUACGUUUCAUAUACAAAUGCUUCAUUGCUUUUUUUCUACCUUUAGUUCUAAUUUAGGAGAAAGAAAUAGAAAAAUAGUUUUUUAUUUCUAAAUUUUGUUUGAUUUAUGGGAAAAAGAUAUUUACAGCAAUGCAAUUUGGAGCUCUGUGUUCAAGUUUUCUUGAUUUGUUUUAAGUGAAUUUUUUGAGAAUAUUAAAAUUUUCAUGUUCAAUGUGUCAGCGAAAUGUUUGCACAAAAAAUGUUUUUGCUGCUUUUCGGUGUGUAACAACUAUGCAAUCUGAUCUUUUUCAUGCACUAGAAUGGUAUACUGUGUGAUAAUUUUUUAAAUGUUAAAUCUAGUCAACUUUCGAUAACUCAGAACCUAAUAUCUCUAAUGCUAUCUUGAAGUUUUUAUUGGGUACUCUUUAGAUGGCUGUAGGAACUUCCCUUAGCAAGAAAGUUAAAGCUGGGCCUUUGAGACUUCAAGUUAUUGAGAGUUGACAUUUUUAUCGAACAAUAUAAGUAAAUGCAUUGUGCAACGAGUUGAACUAUGUAUAAUAUAAACAUGAAUCAAAAAUUGUAGAAGCAGUUUGCAUUGGUUCAGUACAUAAUGAAUUAUUUUAUAUCUGGAUUAGUUUUUGUAUAAAGUUGAAAAUAUGUGUAUAUAUGUUGUAUAUGUUUUAUGUUUCAUAACACUACAUUGAUUUUUUUGUUCUAGAUUCUAGAAUUGUUCAAGAAUUUUUCUUAAAAGUUGUUAAACAUUAACAUCUUGUAAAUGCUACAAUAAUGUUAAUUACCGACGGCUUCUGUCUAAUAAUGAAGAUACCAAUAUAUGUAAAGUGUUACAUCUUUGUACAGUUUUUACAUGAAUUUUCUCACUGAUAACUUCUAAUGUAUAAUGUGUUACAUUUUAUUGAAAUUUAUUGAAGAAAAACAAAAUAAAUUGCUAUUUUACUUUUGUAAA